GUGAAGAGGGUGGGGGAACAGCCUGAACGAUUGGCGCGACCUCUGGUGGGGCGGAAGACCGAGCAGAGUGUGUCGCACGAUGCGUUGCAUUGCUGUCGAAAAUGGCGUCGGGCUCGGAGCUGCUAGAAUAUUCGUCCCCGGUGAAACGGCGUAAGGUCGACGGUGACGAACACGGGAGCAUCAGGACGGCCUUGAUGGAUCCGCGGCCCGGCAGGACACCGCGCGACAGCUCGCACGACGAUCUCGAAGAAACACUUGGCACAGACAGUGGCUUCAAUGAUUUGAGCGACGAAUCCAAAUCAGUAUCUAUAUCUCCUGCUACGACAAGUCUAAUAUCACCGUCAUCAAGAGUUGAUUCCACCAGUAACGAUACCAGUUGCCCAAUCGAUACUGCAGAUGAGAAGGAUGAAGUAUCCUCCACCGUUUCACAUUUGUCAGAUCUGUCGGGUCUGUCUGAUCUCUCUGGAGAAGCAGAAGUCAAUCAUCAGUGGAGAAACGCUUCUUCAUGGAUACAGAAGCAGAUGUUGACGGGUGCAGAUCCGAGGGAUCUCCUGCAUCAUCUCCUUAUGGAUUCUACACAGAUCCCUGAGCAAGUAGAUGAUCUCACGCUAUGGAAGAUUAUAAUCAACAUGAUGUCAGAACCUCCGAGACGACAGAAGCUCAAACACAUAAACACCUUGUCGGACGUGAUGCGGUUAAUACGCAAUAGUAAAAACAUCAUAGUACUGACUGGUGCGGGCGUUAGCGUCAGUUGCGGUAUUCCCGAUUUUAGAAGUAGGGACGGUAUUUAUUCGAGACUAGCGCAAGACUUUCCGGAUUUACCAGACCCGCAGGCUAUGUUUGAUAUCAAUUACUUCAGUCGAGACCCCAGGCCAUUCUACAAGUUUGCACGCGAAAUAUACCCAGGGCAAUUUAAACCCAGUCCUUGCCACAGGUUCAUUAAAAUGUUAGACAAGCAGAAGAAGCUCUUGAGGAAUUAUUCACAAAAUAUUGAUACUCUGGAGCAAGUCGCUGGUAUUGAAAACGUGAUUGAAUGUCACGGCUCCUUCGCUACCGCGUCAUGCACUAGGUGCAAGUACCAAGUUAGGGCGGAUGACAUCAGGGAAGAUAUUUUUGCACAGAGGAUACCUACAUGUCCGAAGUGUCGUGUGAACACAUUGCCUUCUUUGUCGCAAACUGACUCUAGCGAGAACUACCGAGAUCUGGUGUCGCAAGGUAUAAUGAAGCCAGAUAUCGUCUUCUUCGGCGAAGGACUUCCAGAUGCUUUCCAUGACGCAAUGGCCAAGGACAAGGAUGAGUGUGAUCUUCUUAUUGUGAUCGGAUCGUCCCUGAAAGUUCGGCCGGUUGCUCUAAUUCCUUCGUCUAUUCCGUCGCACGUACCACAGAUCCUCAUUAAUCGGGAGCCGCUGCUGCAUCUCAAGUUUGACGUUGAGCUGUUGGGCGACGGCGACAUUAUCAUAAAUCAAAUAUGCCAUUUAUUGGACGACGCCUACAAUGAAGUCUGUUGGCACGACAAGAUCCUGAAGGAGGCAUCGCAGCUCUUGCCGCAGCGAUGCCUCACUGACGACGUCUGGGAACAGAGUCAGGAUACGACAACCAAUACCGAGAUAUCACGCGACAGCGUCGAAGUCGAUCUAAAGCCACACAACAUAUCUUCGACCGAGAGCCAGGACAGUCUGUUGAUCGCCGCGAACGCGACGUCGCAGCAUACGGAAGACGUCAGCAUCUGUGCAUCGCCUUUCCACACCGGUCACAUGGAAAACGCGGAGGAGAGUUUCAAUCUUUUGGGAGAGAGUCCGAAGAGACGAUCGGGCGACACCAGCAUAGAGAACAGUCCUAAAAGGAUCAAUUUGGGGAGUGCAAGGAGCGAGGGGGAGGCCACGAGUACCACAUCGUCCAGCACUGACACGACCCCGCCAGAAAAUAACUUUCAUAUUGCACCUGCGGAGUCGACGUCGGAGUCCAACGAUCCCGAGAAACGCCAAGUGCCGACGACGUUGUCUCUUCCCUCGGAAGCCGAACUCGGAACCGCAAACGAAAACCGCCUGGAGUCGCACAAAUCGUACAACAACCGCGGGAAGUCGAGCAAAUACGACGACGCUACAACGGAGGCCGCUAUCGAGUCGGACAAGGCUACACCGAAGCCUAGACAAGCCUCGGUGGAUUCCGUGUUGGACUCCGGCAUAGGCGACAGUUGCAACAGCAUCGACAGCACAGAGAAGUUCGAUAUCACCGAGUUAAAAAACAGAAGGUUGGAGAGACACUGCUGGCAUCCAAAAGUUCGGGAGAGCCUCGCUACUAGACUUCCAGAGAACUCAUAUUAUCAACUGGCACCGGGAAGGUAUAUUUUCCCUGGCGCGGAGAUCUAUUCCGAACCUGAAGAUUAUGAUCAGUGCUCGCUGUCAGCGAAUUCCGAAAGCACAGACAGUGACAGCGAUUCCUCUUCAGGAGAAGAAGAAGAGGACGAAGAGGAGGAAACAUGCGCGGACGACGAUCUGUCGGAGAGCGCGGAUGCCGACGCGGAUACCGAUGGACAGAACAAUGACGCAAAAUGGGCGAAUAAUUCUUACAACGCUGCACAGCAUUGAAUCGGAGCCACGCGUAAGCACAGCGGUCAGUUUCAAUCAUUGUUACUGUAUUGACUCUCGUGUAUCGGAAUACGUCGAGAUCAUCUAUAUGAUAGUAUUGGGUUGGGACCGGAAAGUACGUGUGAAUCGUUUUAGUAAAAUUCGAACGCGAGGCUUUGUAUUAAUUCUUAUAAAAAGUUUUACAGUACCAGAAAGUCCGAAAGAGUGCGGUUUUUUUUUAGCAAAAUUCAAACGUCGGACUUUGUAUUAAGAAAUAAUAUCGGUGUUAAGAAUUGCUUUCGGAAUUACUUUCCGGUGAACCCAUGGAAUGUUAAACCAGUGCAAUUUUUACCAGCUCGCACAUAGCGACACGGGAUAACCGCGUUAUGCAAUGCAGAUGAUGUGAAACGGAGAGCGUAUUGCGGAUUAACUCUGUUUUACAUUGAGACAGGUGGUUACGAGGGUCGCGGGGAUUACAGCUUGUUUGCGUAUUAUCGUGUCAGUGAUGCAUUUAAGCAUAACUGCUAGAUAUUAAUAGUUGAGCUAUCGUAGUCUGUAUUGUGACCACCAGGGGUAGAACGGUACAUUUAAGUUCUUGACGAAUGUAAAACAGCAGUCUCGCUGAAAACUGUAUGGACGAUGCGUUGAUAGCGUUAGCUCUUUAUGUGUCUGUAAUCGUGAUCGAAUUUAUUAGCAUGGAGAUCCGAGGGAUCUCACGCAAGAGUUGGAGGCAAUAUAAGAAUAAGGAGAAGCAGAGGAAUACAAAUAAGUUAUUCGAUAAUACGCCGGAUUAUGCAUUUGCACAAAUACUCGAGAUCGGUUCUUUUUUUUUUUUUCUUUCUUUUUUGUUUCGUUUAAGACUACGCGUCGAGUAAACUGAGAUUUCGAUAAGAGCUUUUAUGGUUAUAGCAAAGAUUUAAGUUCUAGAAAUAUGUCGGUGUACACACACAAGUAGUUAGUUUUUACACAGUUAUUUAGCCCAAAGUCAAAAUAUUCUUCUUGAAACGACGUUUCGUUUUCAAGUAAUACUUGAACCAACAGAUAAUUAAGACAUUCAACUCCACAUUUCCUUUUUCUUCUUUUUUUUAUCGAUCACUACCGCAGCUAAUUUUAAAUCUGCGGUGCUCACUCACUAAUGUAUAUAAAGUCUCAUUCUAUAUACGCGAGAUAUAUGUAUAUCAUCCUCUCGCGGGCACAUUUUAAUGGCACAGUUGUUCAUGAUUCUUGUCUAUAUGAUGAUCAUACCGGAAAUGAUCGAAUUUGCUUUUAGCUUUAACGCCACUAAUAAUUAUUUCUUUUCUCUCGUAAAAUAAUAUCUCUUAAUCCGCUUCAUAAUAUGCGUAAUGUACAUACUGAUCUUUCAACACGUCCUUUUGCCGCAGAAGAAAAUAAGAGAUAUAACAAAUUAGCUUUUGUUUUAAUUCAACGAUAACGUGUAAAUAUGAGAUUAAUCGUAAACGUAUUAACAGUUAUUAAAAAUCACUGAUUGUUGCGUCUAAUGUAAAUUGAGAUGUUAUAUACACUGGGAUGAUGUUCCAAAUGGUACAGGUCUGCUCUUUUUAGCUGCAUUUAACUUACACUCUCUGUGUUAUUUAAAAAAGAAAAGACAUGCUUACGUACCGAGUACAUAUUUAUCAUAUCUUCACGCUUGGAGGAGAAAGGAAACUGAAUGCAGAGUGAAGUAGAAGACGCUGCUAAAAUCAACGGAUCUAACUGAUGCAUUCUAAUAAAAAUAAUCUAUCGUAUUAUUUUGUUAUCAGAAUAUGUAUAUGUAAUCACACUUCAACGCAUGUGAAUGCACUUACAUGAAAGAUACCUUUGUUAAAAUUGCAAGUCAACAAUAGUUUGGGCCGAACAAUUUCGCAAUGGAUCAAUCUUUUAUUUGAACACUGGUUAACAAAUGAUGGAUGGAAAUAACAUAAAAGUAAUAUUGACGACAAAAGUUCUAUCUUCGUACUACUAGAAUUAGUAUCAGUUAAAAAUAUUAGGGAUACUAUUACUACGAUUAAUUCUAUUAUUAAUAACAUUGCUAUUUUCGUUCUUACGAAGUAGAAUCGCUAGUAUUAGUCUAGUAAAAUUAGCUUUGUUUUGUUAUAAACUCGAGAAAGAAACGUGAACUGAUUACAAAUCGUGUAUCAGGCAGAAGAUUUCUUUUUUCACGCGCGAUUUGUUUAUUAAGUCUACAUAAAGUGAAAAUAAGUCUAUAAAAAGUGUUAUCAUGAUUGGACCGGGGUUUUGAUGAACAAGGGAUGACUGUCUUGUGACAGGCUCUUUCCCUUCAUAUCGGUCCAUAUAUCGGCAUAAUCACACUGGUUCUACUAUUAAGUUAUAAUACUUUCCUGAUAAUCUUCAUAGUUUGGCAAUGAACACUCUGUUUAGAUUCGUUAAGUUCAACUUUGUUUCAUUGGAGCACGGGCGAAUGUACAAAGCAAUGUUGGAUAGCUUCGCAUUGCGUGUUAUUUUUAUAUGAGCCAGAAGAAAGAUAGACUAGCGAAUUUACAAGAUUAAAAUAAAAUGACGCAAUAAUCUUUGACAAACCGUCAUGAUGACUGUGUCGUGUGUCACUGAUCACGGCACGUCGCAUUAACGUGAAUAAACGUGUAACUAAACCACUUAUAAACGAAAUAUCUAGCUGAACUGUAAAGAAAAGGCAGUGUGCAGCAGGCUAAGUGUGCGAGGACAAGUUUGCCAAGACGUUUUAUAUAUGCACAUAAGAGAGGAACGGUUCUGUCAAAGUCAUUAUUGCACAUGUAUCUGUAAGAAAUGAAAAACGGUUGUGUGCAAGUUUAUUAUAUGUAAUUACAAUGGACGUAAACUUACUUUGAUUCAAUGCUGUCGCAUUGUGCGAGUAAUGUUUGAAAUUAUUGCAAAUACGGAAUAUGUGUGAAAGUAUGUGUGUGUGUGUGUGUGUGUGUGUGAGAGAGAGAGAGAGAGAGAGAGAGAGACUAAUAAAUCACAGAAUAAGUAAACGCAUGUAAUACACAUUUCUAAUCAUGUGGCAUAAAUUUUAUUUUUUAUUUCGCUAUGCGAGCGAGCGAGUGAGCGAGAGAGAGAAAGAAAGAGAGAAUUGUUUCAGUGUGUGUAGGCAUCUCCGUUAUACGAUGAUUCGGCUGCCCUUUCCUACCAUAAAAAGUAGCAUUUUGGUUCCUUACAGUAUAUAAGAGACAAUUUUAUAAGAUUAGACUACGAGAAUUAUCUUCCGCUUUGUACAAACGGCUUUAUUUAUCACUAUUCUGUCGGACGACAGGCAAGAAAUAGAUUAAUUAUUAUUUCGUACAACUUCCUUUCCUUUUAUUUAUUUUAUUAAUUAUAUGUAUCGUAUUUGCGAGUGCGUGCGUACGUAUGCGUGUGUAUAUGCGUGUAAACAGUUGGUUUCCAGAUGCCACUCGUGAUUUUAAAAAUCCUCGGAAACUUCGACUCUCUGUGAUCGACUAGAUGCACACAAUGAUAUAUAUGGUUCUUGAAACAUAAUUUCAUAAUGCGAUGUAUAUGAUGUUUAUCCAUGAUGAAUUAGUUACUUGAAUUUGUUUUGGUAUUUUUAAUAAUCAUCUACUUAAAUUAUCUACUUAUGCGCCGCUUACUUAAAAGAGAGACUGUGAUCUCUCACGGGCUACGUUAAUCGAGCAUUAUCAUGUAAUUACAUAUUUAUUUUAUAUAAAUAUAUUUUUUUAUAUGUAGAAACUAUUAUACAUAGUCGAUUCAGAGAGAGAGAGAAAAAGAGGGGGAGAGAAAGAGAGAGAGAGAAAGAGGGAAAGCUGUCAACUUGAAGGUUUGACAAUCAAUAUCAACUCUUUCUUGCGCAGUACUGAAUUUCUGUAUAAAUAUGCUAUCACAUGUGUAAAUAUUUAUUAUUUUUAUUGUACAAUAAAUCGCGAAUUUUGUCACAUCAGCUGAAUCGAUGAUGAAAUGAAAAGAUUAUCUUAUAAUAGAGAGAUUACAAAUGUGAAAUUUAGCGCAUCAGUUAUAUGUUUCAACGUUCUCAAGCUGAUGUGACAGAAUAGCAUGAAGUUCUGAAUUUUUUAUAAUUUGUUAUUUAAUGUAAUGACUGUUAUGAAAAAAUUGUUCUCUAUUACAGACGUUGUAAGUUUCUGUUUCUUUGGUAUUACUAACGUGUAAGCUUAUAUAUCUCUUAAAUUAAACAUUUUUCUAUGAUAAAA